UUAAAAAAAGAAAUAUAUCUCAAGAAAGUGUGGCCGGAAGUAAAAAAUGUACUAUGGAAAAACCUGGACAUAAUUAACCUUCCUCCACAGAUUCACGUGAACGCGUGGAGAUGGCAUCAUAGUGCACUACCCUUGAAGGAACGGGUCUCUUGUUCUUCCUCCAUCGACUCUAUCUUCUGUCGCUGGUGCCCUACGUCUCCUCAAACACACCAACACUUUCUUCAAGAAUGCUCAUUCACCAAGAUGAUUACACAAGAAAUCGUACGUCAUCUCGACGGAUGCGUCACAAAUAUCGAAUAG